AUGGCAGACCUGUUGUUUGGUUUGGCCAAGACGGUGGUGGAGGGGGCGCUGACCAAGGCCAAGGCGGCGAUCGAGGAGGAGGCGACGCUGCGGGACAGCGCGCGCCGAAACUUGGUGUUCAUCACUUUAGAGUUCGAGAUGAUGCUCUCUUUCUUCCAGGUUGCCAAUGAAGAGCGCGUCAAGAACAAUCUGGUGAAGACCUGGGUGGGGCAGGUCCGCGACCUCGCCUACGACCUGGAGGACUGCGUGGAGUUCAUUGUUCACCUCGACAACAAGUCCACCUGGUAUCUCCGGUUGCUUCCGUCCUGGAUUGCACCACCGCUGCCGCUGGAUUUGGCGAUCGCGGAGAUAGAGGAGCUGAGGGCCAGGGCCGAGGAGUUGAGCAAGUGUUACUUGCGCUACAGCCACAUCAUGGACUCUGACCCCAAGCUCGUCACGAUGCAACAACAGUCAUCAUCCGCUGCCGCCGGCGCUGUAGCACUGAGUGUGCUCACCAAGGCAAGGGAAAGACAGCCGUGCUCUCAAGAUCUUUCCCAGUUGAUCACGAGGAAAGAUGACCAAGAACUUCAGGUUGUCUCGGUGUGGGAGACAGUCGACAGUGACCUUGGUACAACAUCCAUCAUCAGGAAGGUCUACAACGACGCAUCAUUCGUCCCAUACUUCACCUGCCGUGCAUGGGUGAAGCUCCAGCAUCCUUUCAAUCCCCACAACUUCAUUCAAAGCUUGAUGACUCAGUUCUAUGCAAACUUAUCUUGCAAAGGAGAACAAGAAAGAAAAACCAUUGGCUUGCAUGUCCUAACCAAGAUGCAGGCCACUGGUGAAGACCUCUUUGAGGAGUUUGACCAGCUGAUCACGGACAAGAGGUAUCUUAUCGUAUUGGAAGGCUUUUCAAAUAUGCUAGAGUGGGACGCCAUCAGGACGUUUCUUCCUGACAUGAAGAAUGGUAGCUGCAUCAUCGUCUCCACGCAGCGCUUCGAGAUAGCAAGCUUGUCCAUCGGACAUUCGUACAAGCUAAUGGAGCUAAAACAGUUCUCAGCUGAGCACUCUGUAUGUGCCCUCUUCAAAAAGACACGAGAUUCUCGAGGUAGCAAAACGAUAUGUGAAUUUGGCCAAUGUUCAUCCUCUGGAAAUAUCUCGUCUAAAAAGGAAAUACCCGAGUGGAUGGAAAAAUAUCCACUUCUCGGACGGGUGUCGGAAAUGAAUAUUCUUCGUCGCUAUACAGCAAGGGCGUGCUUCUUUAGGAUAAAAGUUAUCUCUGUGUGGGGGAUAGCUGGCAUAGGGAAAUCAGCUCUUGUCCGACACUUGUAUCAUGACAGAAUUCUUGACGAUCGCAGCCAAUUUCAAAAGUAUGCCUGGGUGGAUGUAUCACAUCCUUUCAAUAUAAAUGACUUCUGUCGGGAUUUACUUUCAGAUUUUCACUCUGAAAGGAACCCGAUUGAAGAGUGCCUCCAGCUUCUAAGCAAUUAUCGGUGUCUGCUUGUCAUCGAUGAUCUUCAGUCCAUGGAAGAAUGGAAUAUGAUACGAACAGCCUUGCUACCUGAACCUUCUAGAAGUGUUAUCAUCGUCGUUACAACAGACGCAAACAUUGCCACAUAUUGUGCGUCUACAAAGCUCGUGUUUAAUGUCAAAGCUCUGGAAGCUGAUGCUGCCUUCAAUCUCUUCAAGAUGCAGGUAGACCGGACGGUGAAUAAAAUAUCUGAAGAAAAGCUGAAGUUGCCGGAUGAUAAAUCGAAGCACGGUAUUGAGCUAAAAAAAUUUAUUUUGAGGUGUGGAGGUCUUCCUAAAAUAAUAUUUGCCAUAUCAGACGUGUUGGCCAGAGAAAUGGACCAAGGGAUGGGUUUGAUUCCUUCUUCCAAUUUGACAUUAAUGCAACACCUGGAGACCAUGGCGGAUCUACAUGGUCUAUUUUCUUGGAUGCACUUGUACUUCCGUACCUGUCCAGAUUCACUGAAGCCAUGUAUCUUCUACUUGUCGAUUUUUCCUCUUCAUUGUAUCAUUCGGCGGAGGAGACUGAUAAGGCGGUGGAUGGCAGAAGGUUACUCGAGGGACAACCAUGAAAAAUUGGCUGAGGUGUACGGGGAAGAGCACUUCUCCAGCCUCCUCCUGCUUAAUAUAAUCCAGCAGUCACCACAAGAAAUAGCCACAGCUACCACAGGUAGCACAAGGAUGGUCUUGUGCCAAGUCAAUAGUUUCAUCCAUGAGUAUGUCAAGUCAAGGCGAAUGGAAGAGAACUUUUUGUUUGUACUGGGGGACAAUACUGGCACAAACACCCAGCGCACUGGGCGCCACCUUGCCAUAUUGAGCAAUUGGGAGAGAGAUAGGCUUCAGUUCAAGAGCAUUGACUUUUCCCGGUUACGGUCACUGACAGUAUUUGGAAAGUGGGAAUCAUUCUUUGUCUCUGAUAGAAUGAACCUUUUGAGAGUACUUGAUCUAGAGGAUGCUUCUGGUGUAGGAGAUGAUGAUAUCGAAAAGAUGGUGAGGGUGCUACGUCGCCUCAAGUUCCUCUCUCUACGAGGCUGCCGUGAUAUUUGCAAUCUGCCAAGUUCACUAGGAGACCUAAGGCAGCUCCAGACUCUCGAUGUCAGAAACACCUCCAUUAUGACCCUGCCAGUGAGCAUCUUGAUGUUACAGAACCUGCAAUAUAUUCGUGCCGGCCUCGAUAUUGGUGUUCCACCCAUUCAUAAAUCCAAGAGUAUGUUUGGUAUUGAGGUGCCGAGCGGGAUUGGGAAAAUGGCAGGGCUCCACACUUUUGGCGUUAUCAAUGUCGCGUCGUCAGGGGGAAAUGCCUUCGUCAGAGAGCUCAAGAAACUUACCCAAUUGCACAAGCUUGGAGUAACCGGCAUUAACAGCAAGAACAGUAAAGAGUUUGGAAUUGCAGUUAUUGAUGCCCAUUUGCAAUCCUUGUCUCUGCAGAUCGAGAAUGGCAGUGAUAGCUGCCUGGAUAAUAUCGCUAUGCCUUGGAUAAACAUACGGAGCCUUAAACUUUAUGGCCUUCGAGACAAGUUGCCUGCAUGGACCAAGCAGCUUUACAAGGUGACUAAGCUGGAUCUGGAGAUGUGCGCCUUACUGGAAGCUGACAUAGAAUUCCUUGCCGAGCUCCCAAAACUAUGCAUCCUACGCCUUCGGGUUAAGCAGCGCAGCCUCUGCUUUUCUGUCCAGUUGUUUGGAGUUGAGGAGAACUCUUUUGAAAACCUCAAGCUCCUCGAGAUUGCCAGCAACGCCAGCAGCAUGCACGUAACAUUUGGUUCCAGAACAAUGAGCAAUCUUGAGCAACUCAAGCUGGACCGCUCCCGUGGGUUGUCAUAUGUGCUUUCUGGCCUUGAUCAUCUAUGCGAACUAAAGCAAGUCUCUUUUAAGGGUACCGAUGAUGAACACCUCAAGACUGACUUUGAGAACCAGCUUCUCAACCAUCCAAACAAACCUGAUGUGAAGCUUGAAAAAUAG